AUGGAAUUACAAUCGGGUAGUUCUAGUACUGAACAGCCAGUUUGUAGCGGCUGCGGUCAACCUUGUUCAAUUCAAGAUUUUCUAAAAAAAAAUAGUAAAAUUGGAAUAUACGAAAAAUGGAAUGAAAAUAUUAAUCACACUAUUGUUGAAGAAUCUAAUGAAGUAUGGAAAGAAGUUAAUAACCCAGCAGAAAAUGCUAUGAGUGGAAUGAUAAAAAUGCUUGAAAAGUGUAAAAAAUUAAAAAAUAAAAGAACCUUACCAAGGACAUGGAAAGAUUAUGACGAACAAAUAAUGUUUUAUAGAA